UUUUUUUUUUCAUCUACUUGUUUUAAUACCAUGUCAUCUCAUACCACACCAACUAAGACUCGAUCUAUUCUAUCCAACAAAAAGAAAAAUGUCUAUCAAUGUAAGAUAAAACUUAUUUUUAUGUCAUUUUCCUGUUUCACUCAUUUAUAUCUUUUAGUACACGACACUCUUGAUACAUCUUCCAUUAAAGCUCUCAGAGACAAAUCAGCUCCUUCGAUGAACACUACAGAACAAACCAAUAUGAUAGACGAAGCAUUUGAAAAAGGUACCAAUGUUGAAAAUGAUAGUGACAACGACAUUGACGAUGAUGACGAUGAGGGAAGUAGUUUUGAAUACAGCGAUAGUGAUAUGGAUGACAUGGACGAAAUGUACAUAAAAACAACCAAAAGGACGACAAGACGAUUACGACAACAAAAUAAAACACCUACUCUUUCUUUGGAACAACAAUUAGCAUUAUUUGACGUAGAUAGACAAAGUGCGCGAAAAAGAGGAGGUGGUACUCAUGAAGAUGCAACUAUAGAAGACCAAGUCGACACAAUCAACAGUAACGAUAAUUCCCCUGUUCAGCAUCAACAUAAGAAACGGAAACUACGAUCAAUCAAAAGUAAUUUUGUGGACUUUACAAGCAAUACCAUGGAUGAUAUCGAUGAAGAUUUAGAUAUGGAAUAUACCAGCAACAACAAUACUUUGAGAAAUUCACCAUACCAAUCAACUGUCGUGCUUGGAUCGCCUUCCAAACUGAAAACAACGUGCUCAGAUCAAUCAAGGCGGCCAUUUUCUCCAGAAUCUCCUGUUCCUGGUAUCAAUCCCUUUACCGAAAGUACCAAUCAUCUCUCAACCAAAAUGACAAUCUUGGAUCAAUCUGAUCAGAGCCAUCCUAUGUCGCCCACUCCCACUUCUCCGCCAGAAAACAGUAAAAGAAAACGAAAUGUGACCAAUGUUUUGGAAAAGUUACGCCAACAGAUCGAUGAUCAUGAAUUGGAUCUUAGUCAACAUUCAUUUAUUCCUGCCUCAUUCAACAAUACCUCAAAAACUUUUGAACAAUCAUACCCAACUAUGGCCACAAUCAAGAAAGAAGAUGAUAUGGAUGAUUCGACUUCAAUCAAUGAUAUGGAUUAUGGUUAUGACUUUGGUUCUAUCAGUGAAACAAAUAUAACAAGCACAAAUGAUACUACAACCUCAAUGAUAUCUAACAGUUAUGACAAGCUCGAUGAUACAUCAACGAAAUCUCUAUUGGAUAAGGAACAUCAAGAUUUAACUAAGAAAGAAUGCUCUGAUAUGAUCAAUGGAGACAAACAUGUAGAUGACAAUAAGGAUACCGAACUACAACAAGAUAAUGCUCAACCUAUGGGUCUCUUCAGACGUGUCUUUAGUUUUAUUUUUGGAUGAUGUAGUCAUACCUACGUUUAUAAAUAUAUAUAUAUAUGUUUAGUUUAUUAUUGUCUAUUUUAUUGAAUAAAUCUUCUCAUACCUUUU